GCAGAUAUAUGGUACAAUGAAAGCAGAGAGAGAGAGAGCAGACGCAAUGAUGAGAUCACAGAGAUCUUUAAUCCUCUUUCUGACCAAACACUGCCACCCUUACCACUGCCAUCAUCAACUCCACCUGUACAUAUAGGAGGAGAAAACAAUUUAAAGUGUGUAAUUUUUCUCUCCUCCCUUUAAUUCCCCCAAUUUCUCACUUUAUUUCUCUAGAAAUUGGGAUUUAGUUUUCUUGUUGUUGGGUUUGCCUGCUCUGCUGGGUAGUGUUAACCCCUAUAUAUAACCAGUUCUGGUAAUUAAGUUAGUCAGUCCACAUAAUAAAGCUGAAGAAGUGUACAAUUAAGAGGCACAAAUACCAAAAGGAGAGAGAGAGAGAGAGAGAGAGAGAGAGAGAUGGGUUAGGCUGGCAGGGGAGCUGGUUUAGCCUUUCUCUUUCAGUCUGGUUUGGGUUUAGAUUAUGGUGGUAGGGGUGGGGGUGUUCGUGAUAUGGAACUGAAAACAUUGACUGACAGAGGCUUUUGGGAGAGCCAGAAGCAGGAAAAGCAGAAGCAGCUUCAGGGCUCAGAGGAGAGGUGGCAGCACAAGCAUCAGGAGAUCCCAGCGGCAAAGAAAAACCACUAGCAAAAAGAAGUCUAUUUGUAAAAGUAAUUGUUGUAGAAGCAGAAGCAGAAGCAGGUGUACUGUUCCAUUAAAAACUGGAAGAGGAAAAUCACAAGGGUCUGACUCUGGAUCCUCAAAGGAAUCACCACCAUUAUCUCCACCAAAACCCAAUUCUCAAUUUUAACCAUCUUGUCCAAGGAGAAGAAGAAACCCAGCAACAAACCCAGCAGAAUCACCACCAAGCUUUCAACUUUCCGUAUUUCCAGCAAGACCCACAAACCCAGCACCAGCACCAGCAUUUCUUUGGAGAAACCCAGCAGUUGCAGCUGCAAGAGCAGCAGCAAGCUCCAAAGAAACGCAGCUUCACUUCUUCUUCUUCUUCAACUUUUGGGGAACAGAGCAUCGAAUAUGCAAGAUCAAAAAUGGGGGAUUCUCACCACCACCAAGCAACGACGUCGUCUCGCCUGGGGAUAAGGCCGCCGUCCUCGGGCGGAGGAGUAGUCAGCACCGACAUCGUGGAGGUGGUACGAGGCAGCCACAUUGUCCGGGCGACGGGCCGGAAAGACAGGCACAGCAAGGUCUGCACGGCUAAAGGCCCGAGGGACCGCCGCGUCCGGCUCGCCGCUCACACCGCCAUUCAAUUCUACGACGUCCAGGACCGGCUCGGCUAUGACCGACCCAGCAAGGCCGUCGAUUGGCUAAUCAAGAAGGCCAAGGCCGCCAUAGACGAGCUAGACGAGCUUCCCUCAUGGAACCUAUAUUCGACUUCAACCACCGCGUCGGUUCCGGGCGUGGAGACCCACAAUCCGACCACGACCGGCAUACACUGCUUCGCGGGAGUGGACGCAAUUGGGUCUGCUAAUCGAAGGACAACAAUGGUGGGGAGUGGAGUUUCGGAACAGCAAAUUGUUCAGAACCCAAAUAGCAACUUGACUUUCCUCCCGCCGUCGCUCGACUCGGACGCCAUUGCAGACACCAUAAAGUCCUUUUUCCCAACGGGUGCUUCCGCAAUCGCAGCUGCAGCCGAGGCUCCGUCGUCGACGAUACAGUUUCAUCAGAACUACCCACCUGAUUUACUCUCCAGAACCAGCAGCCAGAGCCAAGAUCUGCGCCUCUCUCUGCAAUCCUUCCAAGACCCAAUUCUCCUCCACCAGCACCACGCUCAUACCCAUCAAAACGAGCAAUCCCUUUUCUCCGGAUCCCAAAACCCGCUCGGGUUUGAUGGGUCCUCCGCCGCGUGGGCAGAGCAUCACCACAACCAGCAGCAGCAAGAGAUAAACAGAUUCCAGCGAAUGGUGGCUUGGAACAGCGGAGACGGAGAUAGCGGUGAUAACGGCGGUGGAUCAUCGUCGUCAGGCGGGUUUACAUUCAACUCGCUGCUACCAACACAGCAGAGUAGUACUAGUUCUUUGCAGCAGCAGCAGUCGUUGUUCGGCCAAAGCCAGUUCUUUUUUCAGAGGGGACCCCUUCAGUCCAGUAACUCGCCGUCAAUUCGUGCUUGGAUGAUGGACCAGCAAAACCAACAAUCCAUUUCUCACGACCAUCAUCAUCAAAUCUCGCAAUCCAUUCAUCACCAACCGUCCUUUUCCAGUAUGGGAUUCACCUCCGGAGGUGAAUUCUCCGGCUUCCACAUCCCGGCACGAAUUCACGGCGAGGAGGAGCACGACGGCAUCUCUGACAAGCCGUCCUCUGCUUCCUCCAAUUCUCGCCAUUGAACCGAAACAAAAAGACUGAACUUCUCUUCAAAAGGGCUCAAGCUCUCAUCUCAUCUCUCCCUUCCACAGGGAGAUUACAAGAGCUACCUGUUGAUUCCCAAUUCAGAUGUGGCCAGGGAGAAGAUUUUUCGGUCGCUUUGGUUCAAUGGCGUACGCCUUGGGAAGAAGAAAUCUGAGUGCAUUUUCGGGUUUUUUCCGCUCCCUCGGUUCGUUUUAGGUUUGAUUUCAUCAGUUUGUUGCUUGUUAUGUUGUUGUAGCAGCUCUGUUUACAUGUUUGAGUUGAGCACUUAAAGCUCAAACUUUUUGCUUGCUUUAUAUUUGGUUUGUGUUUCUGUUGCUAGACUAGCAAUAUGUUGCUAAUCUGCUUUAUUUUCAUUCGUAGAGUUAAAUGGAAGUUCUGUGUGUUUUGAUACA